AUGCUCGAAGCUCGCAAGAUACCCGUUAUCAUUGACACUGAUCCUGGUGUCGACGAUGUUAUUGCUAUACUCCUCGCACUGGCGUCGCCCGAAAUAGAGAUCGUAGGAUUCGUUGUGUGUUUUGAACAGGCAAUUAAACCUUUCGUCGCCAAAGGGGCUCUGGGCCCACUGAGUGGAGAGUUGCACAGUGCACAAUACUUCCACGGCCGCGAUGGUCUCGGCGGUCUGUCGGAGAAGCACCCUGACCUGAACAUCGCACCUUCGGUUCUCGAUUCCUCAUCCCAUCCCUUCUUACAACCCACGGAUCGCCCAGGUCACGAAGUGGCGCUGGAGGCACUUCGGAAGUACGAGCCUCGAGAGAUCAUAUAUGUCGUCUUAGGCCCUAUGACAAACCUCGCGCAGAUGAUGCGCACUGACGCCGAGUGCGUGCGCAAGCGCAUUGGACGUGUUGUCAUUAUGGGCGGUGCACUUGACGUCCCCGGGAACACGAGCCUCUCUGCUGAAUUUAAUUGGUUCGCGGAUCCCUACGCCGUCGCCGAGCUCCUCACUCCCAAACCCACCAGGCCCCAGUCCGGCCUCCCGCUCUCACGCGUCCUCAUGCUCCCAUUAGAUAUCACGACCGUACACGAGCUCCCUUUUCCUCUCUACACCUCACGCGCAGAUCGCGCGUUCGACCCCGUCAAGAUCUCAGUUGCGGCGGACAAAGGCCCUAUGCAGCAUUUCACGUCUCCGUUCCUCCAGCGCACCCGUGAGAUCAUGCGCGGCUUUGGUAAGGACGCCAUGGAGCUUCAUGACGUCGCUGCGGUGUGGGCCGCGGUGCUGAACCCGCCUGUAAAGGAUGAUGCAGAUGAAACAGAGGAUCCAGGCUUGGCCCCUAGAUGGACCGUCGCGUGGAGGAAAUUCGAAAUGGAAUGCACGGGAGAACUGACGCGCGGGAUGUGCGUUGUAGACCGUCGCGACGACAAGGGCGCGUACGCGCCCGGAGCAAACUGUGCUGCGGUGCAGGCGGCGCUUGAGCGUCAAAAUCUGAAGCACGGCCCAUUCGAGUCUACUGCUCUACCUGCGCAGGUCGCAGUGGAAGAGAAUGCGGAAUGUGGUCCCGGCGAGACUAAUGAUAUCUUCAGAAAACGCUUCAAUGCUGUAAUUGUCACGCUUUUUUGCCUGUACGACGCCGAAGGACAUGCGGUGGAGGUUCGAGCUUCUGCUGAGCAGCGCAACUUCCACAGAUGA